AUGAAUGACAAGCAAAACGAUGACUUUGAGCGCGCUUUGGCGGUGCUCACAAGCCAGGUCGACUUGUCGAUGGUUCCGCCACGGAGUGAGCCCAAGGUCGAGCCGGUGAAUGGGAUCGUGCAGCCGGCGGUGAUGCCGCCCCCCCAUCGCAAGGGAAGGAACACCAAUCUGCUGUUGAAGCUAAGGACCGCGGUGAACGUGAUGUUGCGCGACAAGUCCUCCGUCCACUUUCGACAUCCCGUGAACGCCGUGAAGCAAGGCAUAUAUGACUACCACGAAAAGAUCCAUAGGCCCAUGGAUCUGAACACCAUCAAGAAGCGGCUGGAGUACUCGUACUACUGGUGGGGGGCGGAUCUUCUGGAAGACAUCAGAUUAAUUUUCGAUAACUGCAAGACCUACAACAGUCCGGAUUCGCCCGUCUUCCGGGACGCCGUCACCCUGUGCGAGCUAUUCUGGUUGCGCAUGGAGAAGCUGCAACCGGAACUGCAUAGCGAGAUAAAGGUGGAACCCAAGCCGAAGCGCCAGCUAAAGGCUGCCUGUCGAAAGCCUCCGGUUGCAAAGGUCCCGGUCCAGACCGUGACUAAGGUGGAACCGAAGCCCGACGAGCCGCAAAGGGCUGCCAGUGCAAGGCCUCCUCCGCCAGUGCAAUUGCAGGCAAUUCCACGUCCGCGACAGGGAUUGGGGGUUGACCUGACUCCCUUAGAUCACGAGAUCGAGCGCCGCCACAGCCAGAGCUUGCUCCGGUUUCUCCGUGCGAAGCGGGACUCUUGGCCAUUCAACGACUCGCAGUAUUGGGCGAAGUUUGGAGAAGAUCCAGACUAUGACCACGACGAAGAGCGCCUUGAUUGGGGCAUUUUGGAGACGCUGGUGUCGGGGAAGCAGUUCGAGGGCUUCGACUGGUUCCUGAGCAAGAUUCACCGGAUGCUGGAGAACGCAAUGUCUUGCUUUGUCUUCAACCCGUCGGUCCGCACAUCGACCCAAAGGAUCCACGCAACUGUCGACAAGGUGAUACCCCAAUAUAUGGAACGGAUGCGUUAA